AUGCACUAUCACGAGCAAAGCGAGCGCAUCACAUCCGAGAGUUUCAUUCACCGCUCUCGUGCCUCCGACUCGUCUCUUCUUUCCAAUAACAACAAUGUGUUGAAAUCGUCGGUAAACAAUGGAGAGAUGUUACGAAAUAAUUCUUCUUCGCUGCCGAGGAAUCAAACGGUUUUCCCCGUUUCAACAGUGGAUUCCACAAAAAGCUCACUUCUCUCGGAAACACUCGGCGCCUAUGGUGAGGUGCAUUUAAGCAAUCCGAACUCGCCCCAACGACACGAAAAUCCCCAACAAACAAAGAGUGCGUAUCUCAACCAGGACGGAAGCCUCACUCUGCAACUCGCCCCAUUGCAACAGAAUCGAUUAGAAGAACGGCCAACGAGUUUCAACAGUAAUCCAUCGUUUAUUCGAGGCAAUUCCCCGUACAAUCAACUACUCCAAACACCACCCUCGUACACAGAAAUGGCCAGGCAAGAGAAGGUUUACAUGCCGACGACUGAGCCGAUAUUGGAAAUGCAACCAAGACACUACGACAAAUUCGCCGAGGUUUAUUCAAAUUCGGGAGACACGGUCGAGUUCGCGCAAAAUGUUGGCUCCUACGUCAGCGACAGAAUCCCGCCGAUGGCCUGGUUUGGUCUGAUGAGCGCCACGUGUCUCAUCGGCUUCCUCAUUUUACUCAUGGGUGCCUUCAACAUUCCAUUUUGCAACGUGCAACCAAUGAUCCCAAUCUGGUUACUCGUGCUCGGAGUCUUGAUAAUCAUCUCCUCUUGUGUCCGAAUCUAUGCCGCCAUUCCGAUGCCCUCGAAUCGACGACGACAAGCGCAAGCACAAACGAGAGCCACUCGACUCUCGUCGGAUCUUUGUAUCAAGGGAACCGAGCUCAUCCUCUUCCUCACCAUCAUCAUUUGGAUGAUCCUUGGCUGUGUCUGGGUUUACGGAAGCAAGUGGUACGUACACUUUGAUGAGAGUAUGUUCGAAGAGCAUUACUGCGACCCGAGUCUUUACUGGAUCGCGUUUUGCGUGUGCACUGGUGGACUUGUCUGCAUCGCGUUGAUCGUAAUUGCCAUCUUGAUCAUGAUGAUGGGCGGUGCGAUGAAAAGCAAC